AUGAAGAAGUUUUUUCUACUAGUGAGUCUGUAUCUGCUUGGAUCUGCCAGAGGAGCAUCAGGUCAAUCUGGUCGGCUUCCUGGCUCUAUGGAUCAUCAGGCUUCAGUUCAGCAACCUUCAGGUGACUACUUUUCACUUGCAAACUCUUCAGAUGGUGAGGCUUUAUAUGAGACUUCUUCAGGCGAGAACACUUUGAGAGAGCACGGUUCAAGUGAGCACACUGCAGUUGACCACGCUUCAGGUGAGCACGCUUCCCGUGAACAACCGGCUGGUGAACAGCCUACGGGUGAACAGCCUGCAGGUGAACAGGUCUCGGGUGAACAAGCCUCGGGUGAAAAAUCACCAGGCGAACAGCCAUCAGGUGAACAGCCUUCAGGCAACCCGCCUUCAACCACAAUUUCAGGUGAGCCACCAGGCCCAGUAUUAAAUUGCCACACAUGCUCUUAUAUGAAUGACCAAGGAAAAUGUCUUCAAGGAGAGGGAGUCUGCUCCACUCAGAAUUCCCAGCAGUGCAUGUUAAAGAAGAUCUUUGAAGGUGGAAAACUUCAGUUCAUCGUCCAGGGCUGUGAAGACAUGUGCCCAUCCAUGAACCUCUUCUCCCAUGGAACCAGGAUGCAACUUAUAUGCUGUCAGAAUCAAUCUUUCUGCAACAAGGUCUAG